GAUUGCUCUAUUUUUCCUACCCAACAGGUCCGUUGCCAAAACAAUUAUAUAAAGAUACUACUCUUUGACACUGUUCCGGGUCGUAUUUUUGCAUGUGGUACUUAUGCAACAAGAACAAGGUGUUGGAGAUUCCAGGUAAAUAGUUAAAAGAAUAUAAAUUAAUGUACAUGACAUACGUACACAAGUUGGAAGGACUUGCUACACAUGCAAGUGGACCAAUAUAUAAUAACUUUGUGUUCUAAGUAGAAAGAUGCAAUUUUCUUAAAUUUCCAAUAACUGACUUUUCAGAUUAAGUGCAGUAUAUUUCAUAUGAGAGAGACGUACAUAGCUGAGUUAAUUGUGAGUUUUACAGACCAUCUUUUUAGUGGUGAUUGAAAUUGCAGAAACUUCCAAUAGGGAUACAAGGUUUUGAUUCUUUUUAACUUUUUUUUUUGUAAUUUCAGAAAUGGGGAAUUUUUUUGGUCAUUGCUUAAUUUACAACAGUGAACUGUGCUUAUAAUACCAGAAAUGAUCGUGUCUGAGCAGCAAGAACUUGUGUACCUUAGUGCCAACUAUUUUUCAGUGGCACAGGAAAAUGGAAUUCAAAGUAAAUUGUUGUUUUUUGUUUUCGUAAGACGUUGAACACGGAUUUGAUGUUCAUUUUUCAUUUUGCUGUGUUAAUGAAAAACACAUUUGACAUUAAUUUUUCAUAUUGUUAUGUUGAUGAAGAACAGAUUUGAAUUUUCUUUUUUUUUCCAUUUUCCUACAUAUUAAUAAAAAAAGAUUCAAAUUUUUCUUCUUUUUCCCCAUAUGUACAUGUUAAUGAAAAACGAAUUUGAAUUUGUUUUUUCUUUUUCGUAUGGCACUAGAAAACGGAAUUAGAUGUUUUGGUUUCCCGUGUUACAGAAAAACAGAUUUAUAUUUUGUUUUUCGUUUUCCUAAGAAACAUGGAUUUUUUGAUCGGCCUGAGCUCAAACUGAAGUCAUUUAGACUAUCCCCAAAAUAGAGAAAAACAGCCCAUCACGAUUCAAUAGAUUACUGCGCAGUUGCUCUCCCUUGCGGCUGUUUGAUUUACAGGUUGUGGGCUUUGACAGCUGGAAGGUUUACUGAAAUUUUGAAAGGUUUUUAGCUGGGUGGGGGGUGGGAAGGGGUAAUGCAACAUAUGGGCUGUAUGCCAUUGUGGAGGGUAUGGCCAGUUUUCAAGCAGUUUAGUCUGGGAUACGGUGUAGAUAUCAGAGAGUUUCGGUCUAGCAUAAGGUAUCUUUUCCCAGAAAACUGAUCAACUGGUUGAAGACUUACUUAGUCUACACUAAGGAAACUAAGAAUUGAUGCUGACAAAAAAAAUGAGAUUGGCAAAUCUAAAUUUACCUGGAACUCAUUUGAAACUGUAAAGAAAGUGAUGCCCUCCGCAAUUUCUGGAAAAUAGCAAUUUAAAUCCAUUUUUCAUGUCCUACUCCUCUAAGAGAAUUUGAUUUCUUUGAGCCAAGAGGAAAUGCUAUUUUUGGGCAUUCUGGCAGAAUGUUUGUGUCUCUAUACCAAACUUCAAGGCUAUGUUUUUGGUGCUCUUUUUUAACAUAGCAAUUCAUUCAGGCCCCCUUUACAGCCAUUAUGAUUUUUUUCCAAGGAAAUUGAGAAUCAAAAAAACCUCCUUCCUUGUAUAUGUUUCAUGACGUAGACUUUAGAAUUAAGUACUGUAGUAUUCUUACAAAGAAAAGGUCAUUUGUACUAAGGGGCCGACCGUUUAACUCUUGAGGGGUAGGGGGUUGGGUGAUGUUGAAAAAAAUUUCCUGCAAGCGCUUGUCGGAAGAAAAAAAUUGAGUUCAGCACAAUGUAAUAGAAAGCUUAUGGGAAAAAAGGGAAAAAAGUAUCCUGCCCACCAGAUUGCUAGAAAAAAAAAAUUCUUGAUAACCAGAAAUCACCCCCCCACCCUUGUCCUCAAGAGUUAAAUGGUUGGCCCCUAAUUUGUAAACCUAUUAAGCAUACAAAGGAAGUUGUUUUACAAUCUUAUUUUAAUUUUUUUAUGUGAAUUUUCUUUGACAGGGUGCCAAUAACUUAAAUCCCAUGCCACCUGAUGGAAUUAACGGAAAAGGAAUAAGUCCAGUUAGUUAUGAUCAGAAUGUCACUGGUACCUUUACAGGUAAGAAUUUGUAAUGACUGUUCCCCUGGCAGCUUUUGUAAGUUUCUGCUAUAUAUCUUGAGUCCUUCAUCCUUUACCAUUCAGUGAAAACCAAAUUGUCAGAGUUGGAAUUAGAAGCAGAACGAUAAACUGACCAUUCAAUCACAAUGCUUGUUCCUAUUUUUUGUGAUUGGUUUAGUUCUUUUACUUUUGCUUACACUUAGAUCAUAUGUAAGCAAUGAACUCAGCAUAAGCAACGUAAGAACACUGUUUUCACCAUUUAUCAAAACACUUUGCACUUCUGAUUACAUUUGCAACACUGACUCCAUUGCUGGUGGAAACCAUCCUUAAGAGUUUUACUGGCAAAUUAAGUGUUUUAUAGCAGCCAAUAGUAAUUAUAAAUAAAAUAAAAGUAAAUUUCCAAUUUUGCCUGUUUAGAUGACCACCUGUUCACUGGAAUUAACUUACGUGGUGGCACGGAUAACUCAGUUAUUUACAGGACUACAGCAAAUGCAAGCACUGGUGUUUAUCUGACAUCUCUUGAAACGGUUUUGCAAGGUAUAAUUUGACUGGCAAUACUGUAAUUCUAUUGUUGCAAAUAAUUCACUGGCAAACAUUGUAUGCAAUGUAAAAUUAGUAUAAUAAAUUAUAAAAUUUAAUCCAGCAAAGAGGAGUUUUGCAAACAACGAGAGAAGAAGCCUUAACAAAGAAUUAAUUAUAAUUUUUUGUACUUUUACCUAAAAAAUGUAGGGUUGUUACAUUUUUUCUGUUUCUGCUCAGUUUACCUUCCUGCAGUCGGUUUUACAUAACAACCAAAAGACCAUCAUAAGCCUCACAGUUAUUUGUCAUUCCAUAUUUGGUUUACUAGCAGAUGUCUGAAAGAUAGCACUUCAAAGCCUGAAGAAAAGUUAAACUGAAGAAAUCCGAGAAAAUUUGAUUUGCUGAGUAAUCUACUUUGACAAGUUUUCAUUUUAGACCAACUAGCAACAACAUUGCAUAUUAGUCUGUCACGCAUUCUCGUUUUAUGUAUUUAAUGAGCUUAUUUUAAAACAUAUCGAGUUGAAUGAUAAAUCUCUUAUUGAAUGUUUAGUGUGUAGUAUCGUGGGAUAUUUUUACUCGUCUCCUGUAUUUUGUCUCGCCCUGCAGGCUCGCCAAAAUAUAGUCUGCUACACCGCCGUUUUUAGGGUCGUCACGCAACGCUCCUCCCGAGGAGCGUUGCGUGACGACGCUAAAAACGGCUGUGUAGCAGACUAGCCAAAAUACGGCGUGACUCAUAAAAAUAUCCCAUACUAAACUGUCCAAUAAGAUAUAUGUAUUUUCAGGGGCAGAACCAAUUUUCUUUGUGUUCAGUUGGAGUCAUAAAAUCACCAGAAAUAUACAUGUAUAUCAAAAGGAAUAGGGUUAAAGCACUGAAAAAGUAUGCGUGACGUUUGAGUUUGUCCUUUCUUUGUGACUGCACAAUAUUAUAUUGAUUUUGCUUUUUUUUUCUUAGAUGCCAACUUUGUGUCAUCAUUUCAUUACUCAGAUAACUUUGUGUACUUUUUUCUAAGAGAGACUGCAGUGGAAAUGAACAAGGUGAGUGUAUGAACCUGUGAUGUGAUUAUAUGGUGAACCGGACAGUGACCUUUGAAUUUGUACAUUAUUUUAAAAUUGAGAUGUUGCCGGUAAAAGACACGUUAUGUGGAUUCAAAAAUUGCAUAGCAAUGUUACACAGUGUCAACCAUUCUUGCCCUAGCAUUAAAUAUCGUAAGAAUAUUGUUUUUAUUGUCCUGUGCUACAUUUGUCUCUAAAUACCAUAAGUCAUUCACCUUGUCAAAACAGCAUAUAUAAUUCGUGGAACCCACGGAACCCCCUGUAGUGUACUUUUUAAAGCAGAAAAUAUGUACCUGAGUAGUCAUGGAGGGAUGAAAUUAAGCCCCCUUAGUGUCUUCCCCUCUCUUCCCUUUGAUUAAUAUGCAUAACUGUCUUCCUCCAUAGUAAUGAGGGUCUUCCUGCAUACUGUAACUGUCUUCCUCCAUACUAAUGAGGUUCUUCCUCCAUAUGUAAUGAGCGUGUCUCUGCUAUAAUAGGAACAACAGGUUUGCCCAGUCAGUAACUUGGGUCUGGUUUUGCGGACCGUCUAUUGGAAAAAAUGCGAAUAAGACAAGCGAUCACCUAGUAAUGCGAGAAACGGCUUGUGUCUUCUAUUUAGCGCUGAAAAAUCGGAUAUAUAAGCAAAAUACAUACACAAAGUGGUGAUGAAAAGUCUUUAUUUCAAUUUAGCUUAUGUCUUCUUAUUUAGCGCUAAAACUCGGAUAUAUUAACAAACACACACUCAUACACAAAGUGGAGCUGAAAACUCUUUAUUUCAAGUUUCUUUGACUAUUACAAAACCGUUUUCUCCUUUCUAUCUCAAGGAAAGGACUAACUAUUGAAGUCUUGAGCAGCGUUUCAUGCACCAUUAGUCAGUUAGUAUGGAGGAAGACACUGACUAUAAGGCACUUAAUUAGUAUGUAGAAAGACAGUUAUUAGUAUGUAGGGAGGCCCUCAUUAGUAUGGAGGAAGACAGUUAUGCAUAUUAAUCAAAGAGAAGACAAGGGAAGACACUAACAGGGCUUAAUUUCAUCCCUCUAUGACGUACUUACCUGAAUAUUAUCGUUUAAAGCCUCUCCAGGGUAUGCAGUAACCUGAGAUCAGGCCCAAUUUGAGCGGUUCUCAUACAUUCUCUCUAUCGGCUACCGCUGAAAUUGGGCCUGAUACAAACUAUUACAAGUUUGUGCUCGUAAUGCUCGUUACGGCCAGAUUUUGGCCGUAACGUUGAUUGGCUGUUAGAACAAUGCCACAAGAUCUGAUUGGUCGUCGGAAACGCCGGAAGUUGAAAGCGCUUAUUCCUCGCGUGGUUGUUUUCGUGAAUGAUCAGUCGUCGGUGGAGAGAAGGAUUGAUUUUGCUGUCGUUUUUAUUGUUUUAUGGUCUUAUGGUAGGAAAAUAUGCCUUAAUAUGUGCCAUGGAAAUUCAGAAAAUUCAUGUGGUUGUUCAUAUCUUCCUAGGAUUUGCUUUAUUUACGGAAAGUGAGUGCAUCGCGGAGUUGAAUCCCUCUGUAACAGGGCGGAUAAAGGAUGGGCGGUGAAACGAGCGCAUCCGAGCAAAAAGGUGUGAUGCAGUGGACUGGGACUCUGCUUAGAAAUGUCGCUUGUUUUCGACUUCGAUCAGGGCUUGUGAUGUGGUUUGUCCAUUAGAUACUGCCGCUGUGACUGAAUUAUGGCGGCUUGAUUUGUUUUCUUGCACUUCUUCCUCGUUUCUUUGUGCUGGUACGCUGUCUCCGAGAGGCAAAUGUUGCUAUUUUUGCGGGAGGUUUAAUUGGAGUAGAAAAACAUCUCUUUUAAAGGGUUUCUCUUAUUACUUCCAUGACUCUACCACUGAAUUAUAUUUUCGUUCUACUACUCGCCAAUGUCGCUGUUAUUCCAAAACAUAAAACAACUAAGUACUCUCUAAAACACGAACGAAAAUCCCAUCCAUGUCAUCCAUGGCAGAACUAAAAGACGGCAGAUCGUGUUUCAUGACUAGAUGACGUGUAUUUUAUAAAUGCGUGCAGCUCGUGCAAGGUGAAAUUAUGCUAAUUUCUGAUCACCAUCGUCCUUCUUUUUAAUUUUGAAAAAAACAUCUCAUACGUCUUUCUGUUUCUUCGAAACUUCAAAAUUAGUUUCCCCUCAGUUUUUACUGUUUACCUUGUUUUAUUUUAGAGAGAAAAACGGAGAAAAACCUCACAACUAACCUCAAUAAAUUUUGUUUACACGCGGUUGCCGGAUUUGCGAGGCAUUGCGCGAAUCGCCAUGGCGCUUUGCACCCGAGAAGCAAAGUUUGAAGCAGUACAACGCCACUAUAUCAAAAUAUAUCAAUCUAAUUUUUUGUUACGUUAUGUAAAAUUUAUCCCCCUUUAACAUAUGUAAAAAUUGAGGUUAAGAAGUGUUAAGCUUUUGCAAACGAAACGGCGAAAGACGAUUAGGUGAUAUUUGGUGAAAGGAGGAGGUAUUCAACACUUUAAAAUUAAACUCAAAUUUUGGCAUUACACGACCAAGAAGUUUGACUUAUAGGCAUACAGACACAAACAUAUGAAACUGUUUUAUUGAUGUUGUUAUGAAACGAAUUUAUCUAUUUAACAUUGUAGCCUGAAAUUACAGAAAGAAAAUAGGAUUUCCGGUUUGCAAAAAAGAAAAUUUCGCCGGCCUUCAAGCGCACCGGAAGCGCGGAAAGAGCGCUCGUGCCAGUCCUACUCCGCAUCACACAUUAAAUGAAGAGCGGAGCGCUCGUUUCACCGCCCAACAUUUAUCCGCCCUGCUCUAUAAGUUGUUGACCGCUAACAAGGUGCAUUUUGAUUAACAGAUAAAAGCUAUUUUUUUAAGUCAGCCAGUCUGCAUUUUUCCCACGCGUUAAAAAUUUGCAUACUAGAAAAACAAGCAACGGAAGUAAUUCUGAUUGGCUGAUUCGGCAAAUGUCAAUCAAUCAGAAAAGUGAGCGGCAGACAUUUCGUUAAAGGUUUGUAUCAGGCUCUCUUUUCGCUUCGCCUUGCCCGCCGGAAUGUAAUUUUCAAAGCGAAACGAAAAUAGAGCCUGAUCUCAUGUUAGGUAUGCAGAGGUAUCCGUAUCUCUGUUAUUGACACAAGAAUGGUCACUGGUUUUGACAAUAAUCGUCCGCGAUCAUUUUGGAAAGGAUGUGUCAGCCAUAUGCAGCAUAGUUCAAAUGCAUUUUUCGAAUCCUUGCAAAAAGUUUCGAAAAGAAAAGUGCAUCCUCUUACUGCAAGUAGCCAGCGUUACAAUUCAGUUCUUCCUUAACGUGUAGAGUGACCACUACUCAUCAGAGAGACAGGACUCAAAGCACAUAGAGUCUGUGGAAAACCCGCAUAUAAGAACCUAGUGAUUUAACAACCUACAGGCUGAAAUUUGGCAUUUAAAUACCCAAAAAUAUAUGGGAACCUGUUCAGCCUGGCAAAGAAAAAUAGGUUCUUAUACAAAAAAAUCACUCCAAUUUUGAUGGUCAAAAUUCUCUACUUAAUUGUGUGAGAAACUUCUGACAAAAGUUAUAUGUGUAUAUGUUUUCUUUGAUUUAUAUUUGUCUGGAUUUUCACUGGAAAUAUGUCUUCCAUUAUGUAUUAGAAGUACAAUAUUUCUGCCAAUGGUUACACUAUGACAACCUCUGAAAAGUAAAGUGUCGGGCGAGAGGCAAUGAAAGCGUAAAAAUAUCGAGAGCAUUCCUGAAUAUUGAAGCGAAAUGAGUCGGCGCUCACCUGGGAAAAAGGAAUCGCUGGACUCUUUGACAACCCGUGAAAUCAGUUUAACUCGAAGUUGUCGUAACCUCAGUGCUUUAAUAAAAUGAGAAAUUUCGCCGGUCUAUUGAAACCGGUCGUUUGUACAAUUUAGGGAGUUUAAGAUCCAACGACGCGGACGACAACUAGAACGUCAAAAAAACAAUAGGUUUAAUUAGCAAAACAACAACUUCGCACGUGCAACACACUUUUUUGUUCAUUUCUUUCCCGUUUUUGCACGACUACGACGUGAAAAUGCCUAAUUUCGCGUUUUAUGGAGGACGUAAAUAAGCAACGACGAAAUUUUAUUUCUCUUUCUGAGCUUGAAUAUGGUCCCUUGAAAUUCAGCUUUAGGAGGGUUCGCCUACAAUUGACAAAGUAAGUGGGUAGGAAUAAUCGCUAUAAAGACUGAAAAAAAUAAACAUCAAACCAGAAAUUGCUCUCUUCAAACUGUAAAUUAUAAAUGAUCCUGAGAGAAUAUUCAGUGUGUUAAGGAUUUCCCUGCUCUACUGUUAGCUCUAUACAAGAGAGGAAGGGCGAUUCUUUUUUAAUUUCGGUUUCGCUGAGACAGCUUUCGCAGAAAUCUCGCUGUAGUCGUUUUCGUCGACAAAAGGAAUAGCAAAAAAUCGCUCUCCGCGUCUUCCCCCAUUUUGUUCUGCGUCAUUUCAUGAAGGACGCGUGGCUCUCAGCGUGGGUCAUCCACGCGGAACACAUUCGCGCUAUGUGAUUGGCUGUUGUCUAAUCCCCCUUGACAUCUGUGGUGUUAAAAAUAACUCGAGACAAAUUACCUAUGGAAUAGGGUGUAUAUGGGGGAUGCUCUCUCUGUCCCCUUUAUAGUCUCUUGCUAGUGUAUGAAUAGACUUGAAAUGCUGUUGGUGAUGGCGUUUGGUUCCGAUGUUGUAUAUAUCCUAUCCAUCAUAUAUUAUGGCUCUUUUAAAAAACAAAUGGUAUUUUUUUUAUUUCUGUGGCUUAGCAGAAGAAGAAGAAAUAAAAAAAUUUCCAGUGACCGAGUUGGAGCACACACUCUUUCGCGAGCAACACGCCUCACGUGUUGCGACCUUAACCACCCAGUUAAGGUAACCAGCUUUGAAAAGCAAAUUGAGAAUAUUAAAAUUUUAUGUGUUAAGGUGGCUCGAUACAGUUUUUCAGGGUCAAUACCUUCCAAGUUUGAGCAUAAACUACGUCGCCAUAAACAAAGAUUUGGAAAAAUUGCCACCUCAGUUGUAUGAGAUAAAGAUGAAAAUUUGUUAUGAUCAAGGUUGCAGUGACAUCGGAGUUGUCAUAGCAACGAAAUGACGCUAUUACCUAUUUUACUUGCAGCAGUAUUUCUCGGCAUUGGGAACUGUGCUUCCACAAUCGUUUACGGGAGCUUUUUCCUCGCCGCGUCGAUGUUCGUGAAGUUUAAGCGAAAUCUCUAAGAGCGUUAUCUAGAUAUUUUGGGAUAAAGUUUUUAUGGUUAGAAAUACGGUAAAAAAUGGACAAUCUUGAUGUUCAGCUGUUAUCUGUAGAAAACGAAGCGCUUUUGACAUACAAUUUCACCUCAUAGAAGUUUCAAUCUUUAUAAAAACGUGUGUGAAAGACCGCGGAGAUAGCUCCAGCCGAUUGGUAGAAAGAAGGAUUUGAUUAGUAUGUAUCGAGGCCCUCUUGUUAGCGGUUUGUAAACAUUUUGGUCUACUUGGAACAAAUAAGCGAAUAAUUUGUAAACCGCUCGAUAGAUUUUUUUAAAAAUUUAAGAUUCUUGAGAUUGACAUUCCUUUAAUAUGACCUUAAAGUUUCAAGAUUAUUGAUAUAUUUUAAGGUAGUAAAAUAAGGGCUACAAUUCGCUAAUAUUUUGUCAGAAAUUUUGUGUUUACAAGUGAGAGCCUCUCAUUAUUCAGGGUAUUGUCUCCAACUUCCAUAUUUUUGUGUACAACAAUAGCUAGCGUUUUUGCAUGUUUCAAAUGCAUUGUUAUUUACUGCUGUUCACGUGAAAAUGAAACUUGGAGACAAUACCUUGAAUAUGACAAUAACAUCUUUUAAUGAGAGGCCUUUACUUGUAAUGACGAAUCUUCAGAUAAAAAAUUAACGAAUUUUCAUCUUUCUCUAAUAGAACUGUGGUGGCAAUUUUUCCAAAUCUUUGUUUAUGGCGGCAUUUAUGCUCAAACUUGGGAGGUAUUGACCCUGAAAAACUGUAUCGAGCCACUUUAACAUUAUGGAAGUCCUUUCGCGCAAAGCCGAUUUAACUACUGUUUGAAAAAGAAACACCUCUUGGACGAUUUAAAUUUCUAAUAGUGGUAAAAAGAAAUCUACGACGUGACUCGUGGAAACAUCUUUUAUACAAAAAAUGAAAGCACACUAAGAGAACUCGAGCUUCCGAAACAUCUUUUCUAACCCUUGUGUGAUGAGGUAUAAACCGCGGGUUUACAUCGUUUCCAUGAUAGUUUUGCAGAUUUAUGACUUGGAAUUAAAUUCCCUAAAGGUAAAGCUUGAUAAAAUACCAUUAUGUGUAUUUGGGAACAUCAGCUUUAAUAUGUCGGGCUACCUGCGGGUAGACUAGUGCCUAUACUAUGCUCGGUAUCUUGAUCAGUUUAAAACAGUGAGAAGAAAUCCAUACCCUGGAAACGGUUUUACGCUAUAUUCAGGAGCAUGUAUUUAUUUAUAAAGUUAUUUUUGUUUUAUUUAAGGUUCUCGUAGGUUCCGCAAAUUAUUGGUUUCAAUAUUUUGUUCAUUAUUCAUUUUGCAGGCAACAUUUUGUUAAAUCAAAUCGUGAAACUGUCUGAAUAGAUUGCCCAGUAGUAUUGAACUUGUUGAAAAAUGUUUAAAGUCAUUACAAUGAAAUUUUUAAAAUAAGAUGCCAGUUGUGUUUAGGGCAGAUCCUACUUACACAGUUGAACAGGCACUGAACAAACUGAUUUCGCUUUCACUUUUUGUCCAUCAUCCUUUCAACUUGCAUUAUAUACACUGAUAUUUUAAUAAGUACUUAUUUUCUUAGUGGCAUAAUUUUUUUCAUGACACCCCAGAGACUAUGUGCAGCUAGGUGAGCUUUUUUCGUUAGUUUUUAAACUACUUUUGUGUGAAUUGCUUCCUCUCACAGCAAAUAGUUUACUCAAGAGUUGCUAGAGUUUGUCAGGUUUGUAGCAAUAUCAGUACAUGGGUGUUUUUUUUUUAUUUUAAGGUGCAUUUGAAUGCAAUCAAUCUGGAUAUUGUAUGAAGUGAAGGCAUAACAUGUAAAACUGAAACACUCUAAUAAAAAUAUGUUUCACAUGAAAGGCAAUUCAAUGCCAAUCAGUUUCAUUUGAAUGGAGACACUAUUAUGAAAGGUUUCUUUCACAGACUCAACUAGGGUGAAACAAAUAAUGGUGAUAAAAUAAUAAGAAAGUUCUCUGAAUAUAUUUUUUGAAUGUGAAAUACUGACAGACAAGAAAAGUGACAAACUGAGAUGUUUUUAGUACAACACAUUCAACCAAAUCAGUUAAACAAAUUAGUGGCAACUGAUAGAUAUUGGAUAUUCUGUUAGACAAUUAUCAUAAAUAUUUAUUGAGUAAUGUUUUAAAAUACAGAGUCAAUAUUUAGGUCAGGAUAUAAUUAUUUUCUUUUGCUUUCUUUAAGAGAACGUACCGUUCGUUAAGUGUCUUUGCUUUGUUUCUCCAAAGCAAAGCAAACAUGGUAGAGUCAAACCCCAUUUAACGGACACCCGCUUAAUACGGACACCUUGUUAUUACAGACAGUUUGCUUUGUGCCUGUGGAAAGAAAGCCCUUACAUUUUCUCUAAUUUCAACCCACUUAAUAUGGACACCCGUUAAUGCGGACAAUGGACACUUGUUUCUUGGCCAAUGAACAGAUCAGUUUUCAUAGAAAGUUAACCUCGAAAAUGCGGACACUUCAGUAUCAACUGUAUUAUUAUAAGAAACCUUUUCGGCUUGAAGGUAAAAUUUCUUCAGUUGACAGCAUUUCGAUGUUCCCUACUAUUUUCAUGCAUCAAACUAGUUGUGGAUGUAUGCAGAGAACCGUUUUUCAGUGUUUCCUUCAGACCUGCUUAAUGCGGACACCCCGUUAAUAUGAACCCUUUGUAUGGCUCCUUCAGUGUCCGUAUUAACGGGAUUUGACUGUAACAAUAAAUACACAACUUUAUUUGCUGCCCCAGAGCAUCCCAGUGACGUCCCAAUAAUUGGCUUAAUUUGAAAAAAAUCACAAAGGUCCAAAAAUUACUUGCCCACUUUUUGCUGAAAACCUUUCAAUUACAUGCCCUAUUCUAAAUAUCUGUUUGACAUCUAACCCUAUCGUUUAUUUAAGAUAUUUCUAGUUUAACAACAUUUUAACGGUUUCCUUUGCAUUUCAGUAUGAUGAGGGUGGAGUGUUGGGCGUUCUUAAAAAUAAAUUUACAUCAUUUGUCAAAACUAGAGUAAGAUGCUUUCUUCCUGGAAACAUACCGUUUGAUUUUGAUGAGAUACGUAAGUUGUUUUGCUACUUAUGCAGAAUCUGUUGUGGUUCAAUUUUAUCCUUAGUUUAAUUUAUAUUUCCCUUAAUUUGUUUUAAACUCAUUUCCAUGCUUUACCAUAACCCAUAACAGAGGGAAAUAGGUUUUCAACAUAUCCAAGAUACUUUUUAUCAGAUAUUUAAUGUGUGUUUAAUGGAUGUAUCAUGCCUGUUCAGUAACAUUAACCCUGCAUUAUUGACACUAGAAUAACUUGAACGAAUUAGUUUUUCCCUCUGAAUACUGGUAAUAUAGUCAAUUAAUGUAAUAACAGUUUUCUGCAAAUAAACAGUAACAUUCUAAUUGAUUCAAUUUCCAAAUGACGUUUUGUUGGCACAUACACUUAAGACUGAGCUUCCACCAAUGUAUACAGCUUCUGUUAUUCAUUUUAAUUUACAGAAGCAGCUAUCAAGGCUACUGAUCCUAAAACAAAUGACGACUACAUUUACGGAAUCUUUACUACGCCAGAGUAAGAUUUUAUUUAUUUCACGUAAGUCAUCGAAAUUAUUCCGAGCUUCGGAUUUUCUGUGAGGCCUUCUUGGCAGAGGACUUCAUUCCUAAAUCAUCUUAAAUGCAAGCACGAUGAACCAAGGAAAAAACCUUCUUUACUGCUUCUUUAAAUCCCGAACACAGUUGAUUUCAUUCAAGAUAGUUUGAAAAUGGGCCUCUGAAGUCAGCAGUUUCUCCCUGUACAAAUUGACAGUUCUAAAAAAGUAUAAAAAUAAUAUGUAAAUAUUUUUACAAUAUGACGAUGUCUGCUGCUAAGGUAAUGAGUGAAAACGUCGAAUCUUUGUGACUUAAGUGGCCUGUUGUAAAUCAAUACAACUAGAGUCCUUUGUUUGUUAACUUCUUGAUAGCUAGUCAGUGGUGGAUAAUAUCAACCGCAUAAAGGAUUAACCAAGUGGUUACUGUGUGUUAUUUAGUCUAGUAGGGAUACCUAGCUCAGCUGUUUGCAGGUACAGCAUGAAGUCUCUUGUAAAGUUAUUUGAUGACAGCCAGUACUUGGAAGAUAAAUCUGAACGGCAGCGAGGUCCCCCGUGUUGGCAGCCAGUGUCUCCUGUCAACUUGUCAAAAGUUCCUGGUAGGCCAAAGGUGAGAUUGAGAUACCAAGUGACACUACAGUAAUUGAUAUAAUUUAGUUUUUCGCAACGUUUGGUUGUUUCUGAGUUUGUCUCAAGACAUUCUUGGUGUUGGUGCUGUGAUUAGUUAUACACUGAUAUGUAUUCUAGAUUUGUCUAAAUUAUGAUUCAGGGUAGUCAUCGUCUUUUCCAGGGUUGUCUCUGUCAGUAAAAGUGAAGUCUAACAAGCUAAUAACAAACAGAUUAAAAUUUCUUUGUUUUCCGUUAAAUCGAGCUCUGGCAUAGAAUAAAGGGAUGGAAUAAAGCGGUUCAUGAUAUUUUCAAGCUAUUGUGCUAUACUAUUCUCUAUGGUAAAGACCUGAUCCAAACAAAAGAGUUGUCUUUUUUUGGUCACAAUUCAGUCAAUAAAAGCUGACAUUUGUUUUUCUAAGAUGGCUAUUUAUGGGUCAUUUGACAUUCUUUAUUUUUUUUAAUGUGUUUUUUUUCCCGUAAAAUAUGUAACUCCACCCACCCAAAAUAAAUUACUGUGAAACCGCCUCCUUACGGCCACCUCGGUAAUACGAUCACCUCGUUAUUACGGCCGCUUUUUUUGGCACGGCAAAACGGCCAUAUAUUUUCUUGUAAAAAAACCCUCGUUAAUACGGUAACCCGUUAGUACGGCGAACGGCCACAUUUUAAAAUUCCAAACAGUGGAACCUUUUACAAUUUCACCCCGUUAAUACGGCCACUCGUCAGAAAUCUCAGUCCUUAAGUCAUGAAAUUUGACCCUGCCCCGGUAAUACGGCCAAAUUUUUUUGGCCCAUUGGUGACCGUAUUAACGGGAUUCCACUGUAGCAAUAAUUAUUGAAUGUGGCUGAUGACCUGAAGAAUUAUGGAGAUAGAGGAGGGUGUUAUCGGCUUCGGCGGAUAAUCCGAGAUCUGUAUAAUUCUUCAGACCAUAUGCAAGCCAAAUCCAAUAAUUGUUUUAUUAUUUAUUCAAAAUAGUUCCUAGUUCAAAAUAAUACCUAAAACAUGCUUACCUCGAGCUAUGUUAAGUUCCUCUCUUUCUUUGUUUGCCUGUUCCUCGAUAAUUUCAGGGUACGGUCCAAAGGGUUGUUUAGUCUAGCAGAUAUUAUUCAAAUAGCAGAUGCCAUCCAUCAACUUGACAGCAGUUUUCCUAUGUUUUUAGGCAGUUGUUCGGCUGUUUCUUCGAAUAACGUGUGACUGAAAUGUUCCGCCAUUUUCUACUGCUCUACCAACUUGCUGUAACAGUCCUCAUUCUGAAUGACUUUAUGCUGCCAGACGUCACGUGAACUCUACAUGUGAUUUACUUGGCUUGAAUUUACCACCAUGUACACUGUGGCCUGAAAAUCCAGAUAAUUCUCUGAGCCAAAAAUACGUCUGUUGUAACUGACGAGCCCCACCAUUCUCCGCUACAAGUUAUUGAAGUAAUGUAAACAAUGUGAAUCCUGCUGCAAAGAAUAGUUAUUAUGGUGCUAAUGAUGCUUAAUCUAUUUGUUGUAGUGUGAUAAAAACCUUGACACCAAAAGUUACUCGUUGGACAGCAUUGUUUUUGCUGAACUUCAUCCUCUGCUUGCUGAAACACUGACGUCAAGCCGCCAGACCCCUCUAUUUACUAGAGCUCAAACAAGGUACUCACUGAAAAUACAAAAACAAGAAAACUGUACUUUGUGUUCUGUAUGUGCCGAUGUACUGUAGCGUUGUGGGAAUGUUUCCUUUUUGUGGUGAAAUUAAUUUCUGUUGAUUGCAGAUUUACUGGAAUUGUAGUGGAUUACGUUAAGGGCGGAAGUGGAGCUGUUAUUCCUGUCAUGUUUGUUGCUACAGGUAACCUGUAUAUUGAACAAUAUUAUUGGCCGAUCAAGGGGAAUGUUAUGACAGCCUCUGAAACGAAAACCAACGAAUGUUGAAUUCAGUUCAAUACAGUUGACCCCCAAUGACUCGAACCUCGCGUUAACUCAAAUCCUGGAUUUCCUUCAUACAUUUACUGUUACUUUAUUCUCGGUAACUCGAACCUUCCGCUAACUCGAAGUAAUUGUUGUUUCCCUUCAGAUCGUUUGUAUAUAACUUUACCCUCGAUAACUCGAACCAUGUUUUAACCGCGUGACGAAUUUGAAAACAAAAACAUUCCGUAAUACCGAUUUUUUUUUAAGGCAACCGUGUAAAUUCUUUGUCUUUACUUUUAUGUCAUUCCAGUUCAAAUUCAGUGUCCAUCCCUGUACACUAAUCAAGCUUUGUUGGUCAAUUCCUUUUCCAAAAUAUCAAUUUAUAUCUCUUGCUGCCCUUGAAGAGAAGUGCACAUGUUACUUGUGUUCCCUCUCCAUCCAUUUGCUUAUUUCCUUACUUUAGGUUAAUUGCCCCGAACUCCCGAUAACUCGAAUUUUUUCGAUUUCCCUAGAAGGUUCGAGUUAUCGAGAGUCGACUGUAAUUGUUUUAUUACUCAUUCAAGAAAAUUUUUUAGUUCUUGAAAAGCUUACCUUCUCGAAGGUUUUGUUCAAAAUUUUGGCAUACCGUUUCUUGGCAUGGUUUCAAGAGAGAUGUUUUUCUUUUUUAAAGAUAGUUCGCCUUAAGAAAAAAAAUAAUUUCACGAGUAUACCAUUUGAUUACCUAUUAAUAUCAUGGGUGACGACUUACGUUAGCAAUCUUGGAUUUUUGUCAUGUUUAUCCUGGGUCGUAUCGAUCGAGAACUCCUCUCUCUCAAAUUUUUCGACCUUAAAUUUGGCUUAUAAAGUUCAGAAUUUUUCGGCAAAAUACCUGUUAGAAACCUUCUUGAUGUUCUCUUGUGUAUUCAGGUUUUCUAAGCGUCUUUUUGUGCCCUGACAUCUUCAUUCACGGCAUUUUAAAACUUCAGCUGAAACUUCGUCGCCAUCUUGACACUGAGACGUACGGAAGGUUGCCAUGACAAUUUUGUAAUUUCACAUGUGAAAUUACAACUUAACGCUGAAAUUUCGCGCCAAAAUUAAGGAGUUAUUCGUCACUUAUGAUAUUAGGAGUAUUAUGGGAUGCCCAGGGGGCAUGAGCAUGAUCUCAUAUACUUGCAUCAGUAUCUACGCGCGCUUUUCGGGCCAAUUUUUCUUUAAGUUUUCCUAGAAAAAGAUUGUAAUGAGAAAAAAAGAUCCUUGUUCCGUCUUUGUAUGUAACAACGAUCGCCUUUUUCCCGAGAAAUAUAUACAGUGAAGUUCUCUUUUUGCCCGAAAAGCACGCGUAAAUCCUGAGCGACUGCCCCCUGGGCAUCCCAUUCUUCGGAUACCCGGAGAGCAAUUUUUUUUUUAAGUCCACUAUUGUCCAAGCAGCCUCUUUUGGGGGCAAAUUUACCAUCGAUCAACCUUGUUUCCAAUCAAAUAUACCAUCGAAUCGAUGGUAUGUUGCUCGCACCUUCCAAAUAUGGUAAGCGCCAGUUGGUUAUGAAAAAUAGACCUUAUUCACGAUACCCGCCAACUAUGCACGCCCUUUAUGAAUGAUGGGAGAAAAGCAAUGUCACGUGGUAUUUCAGGGGGCAAACAAAAAAUAAAAUUUGCCAAUUCGAGAAAUCACGGUCAGCUUUGUUUAUUCUCUCAAAACGAAACGACUAUUUAAUGGUCCUGCAAAAUGUACGGCGCUAUUUCAGUGUAGUGGCAUUGACCAUCAUAGGAAUGGCAGCAGUAUAUUUUCACGGUAGCUGUGACUUAUAAGCUCGCCAAGAAAACUUUCCAAGUAGACCAGUUGUCGCGUAUAAUGUGGUAACAUUGAUUGCUGCUGUUAUGGCGUACUGUUGAUUUGUGAUAGUCGUUAGCAGCCUUUAGGGGUCGCUGCUUUGAAUGGUUUCUCAAAAACUGGGAACUUCUGAGACUGCAAUUUAAUGGGAUAAAGUUUGUGUCCGUUACUUUCGGUGGGUCAUUCUUUCAGGUCUUUAUAACUAGUAAUAACCAAAGGUUACGGAGUGCUAGCGACAACGAUCGAACUGGUCAAGACGCUUUUGCUCCAACGCUGCGCUUUGCGUAAGUUUCACGUGACAGAUGGUCAAAACACGCGUGAUCAGAUUACGAGUGAUAGAAGGUCCAAACGCGCCUGAUCAUAUUGCAUUCUGUGCAUUCCAUUCAUCCUUAAUGGAAGUCCAAACGAAUGCUGACUACAUGCAUUCGACGCAUGCGAAAUAACUACCUGGAGAUAAGGAUUACGGGCUCCUCAUGUCACCCGCAAUACAAUUUAUAGUGUAAAUAGAAUAGUCCGGCAGUUUUCACUUAUAGUGUGUUAGGUUUUUCUGAGAGAAAUGACUUACUUUGUAGAUAUGGUAAACUGAUUUAAUUUUAAAAUUUGUACACUUACACACGUAAUUUUGCUUUUCUUUAGAUAAUGGGACUGUCUUCAAAGUAUUUAACAACGUAUCCGGUGAUUAUAAUCCAGUGAUUUUGGAACAGAUCCAAGUUUUUGAGGUUUGUUUCGUAGACUUCUAGGAGGAAAAAAGACCAGUGCUUUAUUGAAUAGAAGCCCUCUAGCAGUUUGUUUAGGUCGGCAGGUUCGUAACCAUCAGUUUGCGCGGAAAAUGCGCCCCCUUUACUUCUUGUUCUUCCUCUUGUUUUCGUUUUUGAAAAUUUUUUUCAAUUCCUCUGUGGUAUUUUCUAUCACGGGACAGAAAAUCGGCUUUGUAGACCGGCCAUUUUUCCACUCGCAAUUUUCAAGGUAUACGCUAGCACAUUGCAGUACCUAAUGGGCCAUUUCCGAGUUCCCCCGAGCCUCUGUAUCAAAACAAGGUUAAGUGCUCAGUCUGUGAUAUGGAAAUAAUUUUUCAUUCGAUUUGAUUCUCAUGCAAAUAAAACUCAUUUUCAUAAGAAAGGUUUUGCACUUGCCCUCAUUUUGAAAGUGGGGGGUUUUGAAACUCGCAAGUAGCCUAUUGGUUCUUAUUUCUAUUGUUUAUUAACCAAUCACAGUGUUCCAGUCUUUGAGAUAUGUCAAUUUAUUUCCCUGUUUUGCAUUAUAUUUCCUCCUUUUUGCACUGCGUUUACUAUUUACUAUAUUGGAUUGCUCUCAUGCAAUAAGAUUAAUAUUCAGUAAAUUUUUAAAUCCAAGGCAGUAAAAUACUUUUAAAUACUUGCUUCAUUUGUUGGUCAUACUGGCUUGUUAACUGGGGUGCGUAGCACGCCUAGUUUAUAAAAUGGGAAGAUAAUUGUGGAAAAAAUGAAACCGAUCAAUUAAAAUCCCAGUAACCCAGAGGGCGUUGCGUGAUCCAUAAAGCAUAUUUGUCCAUCUUCACAGUCUGUUUUUUCGGUCUUUAAUGCAAGCAACACACGCCUUUUGGCGGUCUAAUUUUCGGAUAAGGAUAAAGAAGACUCGUCCGACGAAAACCGGAACUUUGAGAAUUUCGCACACAAGUUCAUCUCAUAGUCUCAUUGGCGAGGGGGUAAAUAAGCGGCGAAGCUUCGAGAACGCAAAGCUUCACCGUACCGGGAGCUUCAAAUACCAACUUGAGAGAAAACGAAUACUGAGCAAGUUACUUGCUAGUACAAGGUUUCGUGACUUAGCAUCCUAGAGCUUGCAGUUCUCAAUGCGGCCCAGAAUUUUGCUUUUGUUUGUAUCUGUAUCAUUAAAUUUGUGCGUGAUGGAGUGUUAUGCUUCUCCUAAUUUCUGUGUUUCUACCUAUUCAACAACUGAACAAGCACGAUUGAUGUUAGCAUUAGCGAAUUUGGAUAGACUUUGAAGUUCACAGCUCGCUUUAACACCUUUUGAUGGUGUUGGGUUUUAUAGUGGGUUGUUUUCUCUUAGAAGCUGUUCGCUGUCUCUUAUGGUAAACGUAUCGUUUUCAUGCAGUACAAUAAUUCUAGGUUGUCGGAAAGGGUUUCCGACAAAUAGUCAGUCUCGAUAUGGUUGUCUAAAGAUCUUUAAGCCACAGAUUUGUCCUUCUAUGUCACGGGGUGGUCGGCAACAAGGUUAAAUACGGCAGCCCAGUUUAACUCGCUUUGAGUAUCUUCUUAUCAGUUCCUUUUAAUUUGCAGAAACCAGAUCCUAUCUAUACAAUAAAAUUGUUUGAGGUGAGUUAAUCGUUACAAUUAAAAAAAAAAUUGUGAUUGUGUAAAUGUGUAAUGCAGGAUAUCCAUAUAGUAUUUUCUUGAGCUCUUGUAAACUUCUUGUUAGGACGUGCUUACUACGGUAGCAUACGUACUGCUUUGUUUUCUUGUGACGGGUGAACCUCUACUCUGGGUACAACUACAAAGUGCAGAUAUCCCACUUAUAGAACACGGGCCAGUUUUUUUCUACCCUGCGAGCAAGCUCUCCUAUUUGGGCGAGCCUCGCGAGAACGCGCGAGCGAGGGGCCGCUUGCGGCUUCGCCGCUCGCUCGCACGUUCUCGCGAGACUCGCUUCGCUCGCCCAAAUAGGAGAGCUUGCUCGCAGGCUAGUUUUUUUGCUAACUGAACACGACAACAAAAGCGUUUUGGGGAAUACUGUAUGGCCAUUGUUAUAAGCAAACAUCAAAAACAGAAUGUACAGCUCCAGUGGUAAAAGUGGACCUUUUAUUUGACGUCCUUGUUACUUUAAAAUUUAAAAUUUUAAAAUUGUGUGAAUACAACACACCGUUUCAUCAUUACAAUGUAUACUCUGAGUCUGUUUUGUGUUAAACAUUUAGGCAGUUACUUGUACAGUUAAUGGUUACGAAAUAUUUUGACCGUAGGAUUAUGAAAUAAAAUAUAAACUUGUUGUUUAAGUGAAAUUAUGGCCGCUAGACAAGGUAGAGCUACUGCCGGAAAAAUAGUUUAUUUGCAGUUUCAGACUGUGGUCUGUGUGUUGUUACCCGUCUGAAACUAGUUAUUCCUUUGCAAAAUAAAUGAUAUCGCCUUGUUUCACUCAGUGUAGUAUCCGUAUUUCCACUGCAAUGAUGUUUGUUUUGUCAUCAGGGUGCUGUGUACAUUGGCAGCAGCUCUCAUGUUGUAAAGGUUCCUGUGGAACAUUGCAAUAGAUACCUCAGCUGCAGGUAAGUUCUUUGUUAAAACGUUAACUUAUUGUGCGGUCAAAUCCGGAGCCUUUGCUGUCCACUAACUGCUCGUGACAUCAUCACGCUUCUCGUACUAAAAAAGAUUACGUGUUCAUUAUUAAAUCAUGGGGACGGAGAUAUAUUCAACAUUUGCCGUUAGAAGGGCACCUCUUAACCUGGGUUUGAGAUUAACGCUAAACAAAGUUAAUUUAACUGGCAUUCAUAGUAGAUCUAUUGGACAUGUAAGAGUCAUAGAGCGACCAUUGAAAAACCUUUUUACUGUGAGCCCUUGGGAACACUGACCUGUCACCAUAGUGCUCAACAAAAUCUUGUUCUAUAUGAUCAGUUUGAAGGUGAAUGUCUAAAGGAUAGUUAAACUUUCAAGGUCAAGUUGUUUUAACUGGAAAUUUUCCUCUUUGCGUUUGUUAGGAAAAACACGUCGGUUUGUUGCAGUAUACCCGUCAACUAUGAGUUAAGAUUGUUAAUUUUAUUUUGCUAGGACUUGUGUUUCCAGUUUGGAUCCUUACUGUGGUUGGAAUAACAACAAAUGUACAACAUUUGAAGAAAAGGAGGGGAGGUAUGCGGUGAUUUGAUAAAUGGAAAUUUUGCACUUACGUACCUCUACAGAGACAAACAAAAAUUCGCAAAUAAACGACUCUGUGUAGAUACGGAGUCGAACUUCGCAAUUAAUUAAUUGCGAGUUUUUUUCUUACUUACAUAUACGAAGCAAAAUUUUGCAAUUAGUUAAUUGCGAAGUUUUACUCUAAAUACAUAUUAAUUACACUGAUACAAAUCUCGCACUUAACCAUUUUUUGUUAACUGCGAAAUUUGUCUCUGUUUAUAUCAAAGAAAAAAUCUGGCACUUAACCAUUUUUCCUUAACUGCAAAAUUUCUCUCUGUUUAUACUGAGAAACACAAAUCUCGCACUCAACUAUUUUUCGUUAACUGCGAAAUUUCUCUCGGCUGAUAUAUGAAAGAAGCAAAACUCUCACACUUGACAAUUUUUCGUUAACAGCGAAAUUUCUGUCCGUUUCUACUAAAAAACUCAAAUCUCGCACUUAACCAUUUUCGUUAACUGCGAAAUUUCUCCAUGAAAGAACACAAAUCUCGCAGUUAACCAGUUUUCACUAACUGCGAAAUUUCUCUCUGUUUAUAUGAAGGAAAAGAAACCUCGCAGUUAACCAUAUUCGUUAACUGCGAAAUGUCUCUCUGUUUAUAUGAAGGAACACAAAUCUCGCAGUUAACCAUUUUCGUUAACUGAGAAAUGUCUCUCUGUUUACGUGAAGUUAUCCAUUUUUCGUUAACUGCUAGAUUUCUCUCUGUUUAUGUGAAGAAGACAAAUCUCGCAGUUAACAAUUUUUCAUUAACUGCGAAAUUCGAUCUGCAGAAUUCUUCAUAUCCUACUCAGCCUCAUUCAAUAAUUGCUAAUUAUCAAAACUAGAUCUUAAAACAAAAAAGUACAUCUCCUGGUUAAGUUAGUCGUUUCUUUUUAAAUAUUUUGCACAGAAUAAAUUAUAGAAUGCACUUCUACUUCAAGAAAAUAUGGCAUCACUACUGUAGAACCAUCGUUUUCGUUACAAGAAAUAUUUUUUUAUUGACAGAUAUCCAGGUACCUGUGAAUAAUUCUUGCUAAAGUUGUUGAGCAAUUUUUUUAUUUGUGAAUGGUUAAUACGUCAAAUUGAAGAAUAUUUUGGACCAUCAGAGUUUCCAAUUUAUGAUUAGGAAAUGUUUAUCAGAUAUUUCUCUGUGAGUUUGAAGUUGCUGACCUUUUUUUGUAAUAAAUCUUCAAAUUGUUCACCUAGGUUGAAAUGAAUAGUAGCGUACAUCCAAUGCGAAAGUGGCCACUAGUUUAAUAUUCUUUCGUUCAUAUUAAUAAAAUCACCCUGAGUAACCUCUUUUAAAAUAAUACAUUCUUUGGAAUUUUUAUCUUGAUAACAUCGUUAGCAAGGCUCUUUUUAAUGUAAACAAAGAAUAUUUAAAUUGGUGGCCAUUUUUGCAUUGGGUGUCAGGCCGUUGGGAGGAUCUAUUUCAUUUUUGGACUUUUUCAUCAGCCUUUUUUCUUUUUUUCAUGACACUUCAUUAAGUUGUUAAGUUAAAUUUAAUUUUUUUUCUGGAAUUGUUCCUGUUAAUUGAGGGUGCGUUUGUCUCAUCGCAUGAAAUAAGAAUACCCCAAAGUUCUUGCAACUCUCAUUUGCUAGUGGUUUUUGGAACACUGGAAUGCUGAUAGUAUCUUAAUAUUUCGAUAGUAGAUUUCGAUAAGCUACUUUGCACAGAAUGCAAAAACAAAAUAUUCAUUUAGUGAAUUCUAGGGAUUAUGCCUUCUAUUCUGAUUCUGGAAUAGGCACCCUGAAUUGAAAAGUAUCAUGAGGUUCUAUUUCAAUUAGGACAACAGCUAUUUUUUUCACAAUAACAUUGUAGAAGACAAUCAUGGGUAACAGCAUUGCAAGCUGGUACCGUUUCAGUUGCCAUGGCAAUUUGAAAAAUAUUUAAUAGGCAACCAAUAUAACAUCAAAAGUUCCCAAUUUGGCAACCUGUGUUUGGUGAUCGAAUGUAAAGAAGGCUUAGUUAUAACCAUCAAUUAAUCUCUGCUUAUGCACUCUGGAGACCUGAGGAUGGUCUUCAAACUCAGUCUUCUCAUUAUAGCUUGGUUUUUGACACCUGUAAGAAGCAUAUUCUUGGCACUUUUAGGGAUGAUAUCCGUAAUCAGAGGUGCUUGAAGAAAGGAUGAGUAGAGCCCCCUCUCCACAACUUUAAAGAUUAAAGUAACAGGGCGUUGUUUUGCCCCAGACUCAAAUGAUAAAAAGAUGUUGUGAGUACGGCAACGUAAGAAGCAUAUUCUUGGCACUUUUAGGGAUGAUAUCCGUAAUCAGAGGUGCUUGAAGAAAGGAUGAGUAGACCCCCCUCUCAACAACUUUAAAGAUUAAAGUAACAGGGCGUUGUUUUGCUCCAGACUCAAAUGAUAAAACGAUGUUGUGAGUAGGGCAACGUCCCGAAUUUGUGGAGUUAAAUAAACUUUGCUUCGGUGAUUCUCUUUUUUCCCUAUUUUUUUAACGCUUCUAUGGGCUCAUUUAAAGAUGCUAUCGUAAUAUAUGAAUUUUUUCUUCCAUUGACACGCACGAUUACCAAACGUACCAGAAUGUUUGUACUGCGGGUGAAAAGUAAAUUGUUUUUCAUUCAAUCUAAAAAAAUGGGUCAAUUCAUAAAAGUAGAAAGUGACUAAGCUGGGAUCGCGAAAAUUACAUAUUUGCCCAAAAGUGACAAUGAGGUAUACAGUUAGCCACAGAAUAGACUAUAAUGGGGGUAGGGGCUCUGAGAGGCCAGCGGCACAUACCCAGCAAAAAUAAACCCAAGUACAUGGGCCCCCGGGGGUUAACUGCGAGAUUUUUGUUUCUUCACAUAAACAGAGAGACAUUUCGCAGUUAACGAAAAUGGUUAACUGCGAGAUUUCUGUUCCUUCACAUAAACAGAGAGACAUGUCGCAGUUAAUGAUAUGUGGUUAACUGCGAGAUUUGUGUUUCUUCAUUGUAACAGAGAGAAAUUUUGCAGUUAACGAAAAAUGGUGAAGUGCGAGAUUUUUAUUCCUCUAUAUAAACAGAGAGACAUUUCGCAGUUAAUGAAAAAAUGGUUAAGUGCGUGCUGCUUGCAACUUCAAAAAUAAUGCUCAGGAGACAUAUUUGUUUGUCUUGGAUCUCUGUUUUUGUCAUUUACCUGCAAUUUCUUUGGUUACUUUACGUUCCAUAGCGAUUGAGGGCGAGUAAUUGGCAAAAUUAAACAAAAUAACUGGACUGCCGUGACACAGCCCCUUUAAACCAACAGAAAUUUCGCAGCGCAAAAAUGGUCAACUGCGAGAUUUGCGUCAGUAUAUUGCAGGAUAUUCUCUGAUUGAGUAGCCAAUCAGAGCUUGGAAAAACACUAUCCACUGUUUUAGUAUACAUUUAUUUCAAUUAUGGUUAUAAUGUGCCCGCAACGAGCCUAGAAACGUAGAAAGCAAACGCUGCUGACGCUUCUAUGCUAUGUCAGCAGAACGUUAAGACAAUGUAUUUCAAAACACUGAAUCCUAGGCUUUUUAAUUUAAGACAGUGACUUGAGGUUAGGUUUUUCUCUGUGGUAAUAUGCAAAUGCUGCAAAUUUUCAACUAGUUUGCUUGGUUCCGUGCACGUGGGAAUUUUGAUGGAGUCAAAAAAAUAUCAAGUAAAAUUCAAGGCGUUUGUUGAACAACAAUAAGUAACUUAACAUUACGUGUUUAUCUAUUUUUAAGGCAAUUUUUUUAAAACUGAAUAAAAAAAGAAGAAUAGCGUUGAUUUGAUUUAUUGAAAUAACCAGCAUUCUGGCCCAUGCAAAAACGCAGCUUAAUCAGGCGGGCCUAUUCAUUUAAUGUUGUUAAAAGAAAUAAUUUGUAAUAAGUAAUUUUUUACUAUGAGAUUUUAAAAAUGAAAAUUUUCAGCUCGUUCAUGCUUAAGAAUUUUAGCAGCCACUGGACUUGAAAGCUCUCUUAAACGCCUUUUCACAAAUGGUCACCAUUAUUUCAAUGAACGUGAACAAGAUUAAACUUCCCGCUACAAAAGGGUUUACCAUAGUGCACUAAGGCUUUGAAACAUGGUUCACGGGAGCAACCUGAAUUGAAACAGGUGUAUACUAAAUAUAUACAGUAUAUGCACAGUAUGCAAUGAAAUACCAGGUGAGCUUUCGCGCGAAAACAUUAUAUCUUCACACGUGAAAAUAAUGUGAAAAGAUCACCGUUGCUAUGGCUACAUAAUAAAUCGCGCCUUUUAGCAGGGAAAAAACUGUUUAAGUGAAAUGGUUUGGUAUUUCAUUAGUGUUUAUAUAAUAAACGAAUAGAACAUUAAAUGGCCCUAUCUCUAAGCGACCAUGUGAUAUCCUCUAUAUCUACACUGGCAAGUUAAAAAAAGGAGAAAAGAAAAAUCUCGCGCGUGUUCUUUCUUGAGUAUUUCUCUUCUCUGUGUAGGUUUUUUUUACUGCAGUUGUUGUUGUUGGAACUGAGCUUUGUAAACGUACUGAUAUCUGUAAAUAGAUCUAAUUAGUAGGGUUUUCUUAUUAAAAGCCGAGGCUUUCGUUGAGUAAUCGUGCACGGUGUGGCUGAUGGAUUUUUUGUUGGUGAAUAGACACAAACCUUCCUCCAUCUGUUGAGUGUUUAUCUUUAAAUGAGAUGAUAAAAAUGAAUGGCGUUGUAGAUGUGAAAAGAAAUACAGCGGCCAGUGAUGCUCUGAACUUACCUAAAGCGCCCAACAGUAUUGGAACCGCCAUUCUUUCUCUUUUUUGACUAUAAUUUUGAGGAUUCCUUUUUUGAUAUGAGGCUUUUUUGACUUGCGAUUUUGGGGGUCGUAUGUAUAGAGGGCUUUAUUACAGGAGGUUUACAGUAGUUAGUGUUGUUUUCCUUAUGGCCUGACAGCGUUUGAUUUUCCUUUGAACAGUUACUGGGCACAAGACAUUGUUCAAGGAAACUUUUCAAAAGUCUGUCUUGAAGGUAUACUAUCCUUUGCUUAUGUUAGCUAGUUUGUGUGUGUCUGACCGAAGCAAACCAAUGGACAAACACAAGAAACACUUUCAUUAUUAUCACUCAAAAUAUGUAACAGUUUCCUCACAGUUAGCGUAACUGUCUUAUAGAUGCCGCGUACAGAGGAGUGAGUAUAAUUUAUUGAAAGUAAUGGUACCACUUUUAGAGGUGAACCAUUAAUAAGGUUGCUUUUGUUCUUUUUCUUAUUAAGAGCCUCCAACAUGCUCAGUGAUAGUUACUCGUGAACAAGUAGGAGGGAUUACGAGCCUUAGCUGUCAAGGAGAACGUGGUGUACCACUUCCUACGAUAACUAAGUGGACAAAAGAUUCUGAACUUGUAACUGGUCGUUCAUAUUACAACGUCUUGCCAGGGAGAAGUUCUGAUCAAGGACAGCUGGAAAUAAGUAACUUCGGAAUAAGUCACGUUGGGGUUUAUCAGUGUUUUGUUGCUAAUAAGAUGGGCACUUCUUCUUGUGCUAUAAAUAUCAGAGGUAAGUAAAAGGCUGCAAUGUGCUACGGUAGAAGAAGUAAGGACUACUCAAAUAGUUUGGAACUCAUUAGAUAACAAAGAUCCAAAAUAAUUAUGAAUAACGUGAUAGGUUACCCCAGGCCAAACUAUCAUGGUUUGGUCUCCAGAGCAUUCUGUCCUUUCACACUAUACUCUUUUGUUUUGUGUCCAGUGAAAUCCAUAAUUUUCUUAUCAGUUGAAGGAUAGUAUUUUUGAGAACUGUCUUCUUUGCUGCUUCUAGGAAUUUUGCCAGUUAUCGCAUCUGCCCUCAUUAAAGUCAAUCAGACAUCGUUAUUUGUGUGUAAUGCGACUGGUCUGCCAACUCCGCGUGUUUCUAUCUACAAACUGAUUGGAGAAACCAAGUACGUAAUAAACGCACAUCAAACUCAAAUCGGCGCAGACUCGGGUCAGCGAUCAUACUUUUGUGUAGCAGAGAAUGAGUUUGGCUCAUCAUUUGGUGAGACCGUCCAUAUAGAGGGUAUGUAACUGCUGACAGCUUACACUGCUACUGUCGACAAUUUUACCAACGUCUGUUUGCCACACGAGAUUUAAAAAAAGCUAUCGCUUGUAAAUUCCUUUUGUAAAAUUCGACAAGUUGAUGAUCACAAACUUAAUUGCAAUACAUGGUACAGUCCUAAUAGAGACCUUUAGAUUCGAGGACGAGAACGACUACGAGUACGGGAUUUGAUUUAAAGUUUUUUCCUGUAUUGUCAAAAAUAGACACCCCGGAAUUCUUCAUUGUACCUUUUUUCACCAGAAAAUUUAGCACUGUUAUCGUUAUUGAAGGAGGUUAAGACCUCUCCCGAUUGCAAAAUGCUAAAACUUUGAGAAAAUCUCGUACUCGUAGUCGUUCUCGUCAUUAGAAUUUAAAGCUCUCUAUUGCAAGUUUGUUACAGAGCCUGCCAACAUUUGUCUAAAUAGCUGAUUGGGUGAUACUAACUACAAAAUAGUUAUAAAACAGUGUCAUGAAUGCCUUUGAAGAAAUAGACGUUUCGGGUGUAUAACCCCACUUCAGUGUUCAGAAAACCGUUAUAACGGUGUAACAAAAACGGUUUUCUGAACACUAUAGGAGAGUUAUACACCUGAAACGUCUGUAUCUUCAAAGACGUUCAUUACACUGGUUGAUAAUUUGUUGCAAAUAUCAUUCUAUCAGCUAUCGAACCGCAAGUGUCAUGCAUCCGUAACGGUUUUUCCGUUCACCAUUCAUUUACUUAAAAAGUUUGUGAUAGAAGUCAUGUGAGUUACCUAGUCUUGGGUCAGAGUCGGAAUGUAUAAAGUUGAUUAUUACUUUAUGUACAUGGAUAAGUAAGUCUAUACUUCCAUGGUUAUUAACCUUCAAUUGCGUCUUCGAUAGACACUCUCAUUUGUGAGAAAAGGAGAACAGGUUCAUACGUUUUCAAUCGUCGACCGUUUGAUCCCAAAACAUCCGAAGAUAAACCUGAUGUACAUCAGUCUAGUGAUGUCUGGACAGAAAUUUUUAACCAGUAAUAAUUGUUAUUUAGGCUUUGAUUUUUUGUGGGCCGUGUGGGUGUUUUUUGUUUUUAUUUUUCGCAAUAACUCUAGUGUUCAAUUUUCGACAGAUAAACAGGUCAAAGCGGAUUUGAGACUAACUAAUGAACAAUGGAGUUCUUCACUUUCUGAUGAAAAGUCGCAAGAAUUUAUAUCCCUGACUGGCAGAAUAAAAAAUGUGGUGCGUAUGUAUAUAUACUUUUAAUGUGUUUGUUCAGUUAUUGUGCCGUGUACUUAUUAGGUAUAUAACUCAUUUUUAUGAAUACUCAUCAUAUUUGUUUUGUCUCGUUUCAGCAGAAUGGUGCCGUUGUUGUUGUCAUAAUGUUUUAUUUUUAAAUAUGUUUACUAAUCAUUUCAAUGCUAAAUCAUUUUGUAGGUGAGAGAAAUUUAUUCCAAAAAUCCUGCCUUUAUUGGUUUCAAGGAUAUUUCAUUCAGGUGAAAUAUAAUACUAAAGUUACUUGUGUAUCAUCGUCGCGGUUCAAAUUUUCCCUCCUCAACUUCAGGUUAUCUUAGUGAUCAGCAGUCAGUCCGUAAGAGACUGGUCUGACUUCAAAACAUUGGUGUAAUACAAGUGAGUUGAUAGGCUUUACAACCCCUGCAGAGUGACAUUUAGUACGUUUCAGGAAUACACAAAUGGAAGUAGCGAACAGGAAAGUAAAAUGAUCAUGCCAGCACGCUCAGUCUUACCAAGACCCAUGGACACUAAACCUAGAGUUAACUAAAAACUUUAAAUUUACAAUUUAGACUUAGAGGGUGGAUUUCCAUUGUCGCGUAUUUUUUUUUCCUUUUUUUUUUUUUUUUUUUUUCUUACGUGCGUAAAAUUUACAUUCGCAAGUAAAAGAGAUGAAACCUUAAAAGAUCGCGGAAAAGUGAAGUUGAACCUCGGCCACCUUCACGUUUAAGCGCUACACUUCAUUCCUUGUCUCUAUUUUUAUUUAUGCGUGCAAAUUUACGUGCGUGUACACGCACGUGAAAAUUAGGACAGUGGAAAUCCACCCCAACCCGAAAGCCACACCUAGAGUUGGUCGCUCUCUUUCUUACUCCCUUUAAUCGACCCCCGAAAAGACGGACAUCUCUCUGAGAGGGACACAUUGUGCCUGUCCUUCAGUUGUCCUUCUUAGAGAAAGUUGACUAUAGAUAUGUUUUACAGGAAAGGAAGUAUUAUCUGUGCGAUGGUCCUAAACUUCGCUGCUGAACCUGCCAGCAAAAACUCUGAAUUGCUGGAAGAUUUGCAAGAGAGAGUAUCUUCUGGUAAAGUGGGACAGUUCAGUGUCGAUGCUUCUCAUGGUCUUAACGUGGAGCCAGAAGUUGGUGAGAUAUUAUUUACAAUCGUUUCUUACAUAAUUUUCAACUUGUUAGAUUUUCACGUGCGUUGUUCCACAGCUAUAACCUUAAUAAAGAAAACUGUUUUAAAAACUAAUCAAGACUACAAAAUUCAUACGAUGCAAACGUGUGUAACUUUUCUUACUUCCCUCAACUGUGUAACCAACUUACCUGUUUAUAAUAUCAACGUCUUUCCAUAACGUAAGCGUUCGCCCGUUGUCACGUGCCUGAGUUACUUAAAAAUCGUAAUGGUUAUCAAAAUUCUGUGUGUUGAUUAACCAAGAUAACAGGAUAAGAAAAGGUGAUGGAAUUUUAAUUUCUUUCAGCGGCGAUGAUCUGUUCAGUGCUGCCAUUACUUUUCUAUCACGCAGCUUCCAUACAUCUCUUGCGUCCUUUUUCACCAUAACAUUUCAAAACCUCAUUUGAGUUUUCUGCAAAGCUUGGCUCUAUUCCAUUGCUGAUUAUACAUGUACUGUUAAAAAGAUUUUGAACGCACUACAAUCCAUUGGUAGUACUUCUAAAAUUCACAUUUGACCAAGCACUGAUCAUUUUGUUUGCGCAUACAUUGGUUUCAGAAGUAACAACCAUCCAACCGGUUUUUAGUACUGUUCAGGUGACCACUGGUAGUCUGACCCCAACCAGGAAAGGUAAUUCCCAUUUAAAGUUGCGCAUGAGUUAUGGAAGUUGCGUGUUUGUUUGUUUGUUUGUUGUUAUCAUUACAUCAAGACACUAGCCGUGAAAAAAGGCAAUCAAACCGUUUAUUGUUAUAAACAGCUCACAUUUUCAAGAAAAAUUUGAUUGAUUGAAGAUUUUCUCAAGGUUUGUACUGUGUUGGAAACUAGUGAAAUUUCCUUCAAAGUGACACUUUCGCGUCAAUUAUUAAACGAUUCAGAUUCAGUGCCCUGGCUAGCACUAGUACCUGAUUGCCUCCUUUGAUUACCCGAUGUGUAAAUGUUUGUUCCAUUUCGCCGUUGAGACGCUAUUGGAGUAGAACAGGAGGUUAUGGAUAUGCAAAGCAGACUAGUGACUAGCAACUAACUAUAGGAAGUCACUGUAGGUAGCCACUGUUGUACCUGAUCACAAGGUCUCCACCUUGUAUUUGGGGCACCGUGGUCGAAUUCUGGCGUGAGUAGUGAAAAAAUGGUGUGCCACAGGUUUAUCAGUUUUUAAAACUGUCAAGUGUAACCCUCGUAACCCUUCCUUAAUGAAUAAAAUUAGUUAUGAGAAACAGAACUCAUGCACCAUGAUCGAUUGAGAGAGCAACUGCAUUUCCAUUUACUGUCGCUCGCUGACUGAUCGUAGGGUUACAAAAAGAAAUUGUCAGGUCCAGAGAGUUUGUUAGACGAGUCUGUCUCUUUAUAAAAACUAUGUUGUGUUUACUGUAUUACUUUUUUGCAGACCCAACCCCCGCCCCGGAUAAACAAGGUGGGUGUCUCUACUAAAUUUUUUGAUUUAAACCGACUUUAUGGAUUCAUAUUGACGAUGCUGGAAAGAAAGUGUGUUUCUAAAGUCUGAAAUAGUCGUGCUGCCAGUUACAGCUGUAAACUUAAAAAAAAAAAACAGACGUUUUAGCGGAGCAGAGACGAUAAACAAAUGUAGUAAAAAGGGUGAUUUGCCUACAGAGUUGCCUAAACUUCUAGUCUGUUCCAGGAAAAACAGCGAGGGAGGGGUGGGUUAGGAACUCUCUCUUUCCCUUUCGUUCCUUCGCGCCCCAUUCCACUAUCUGAACUCCUGAAAUAGGCUGUGUACUACUUUAUUUUUUCACUUUGAGAACCCUUUUGUAAAGCAAAAAAAUUGGCAGAAAAUUGCAUGCUGCCUGUGAAUAGGCCGUCUGAUGUAGGGAAAGGGCAGAAAAAUAACAAAAAUACAGCUGAAGAGGCAGGCAAUGGGAAGGCCCAAUAAAAUAAAAGAACAUUUUCCUUCUGUUCACUUGCCUUGCUCGUCUGUCUUUACGUCAACCUGAAAGAGUUUGUCUUUUUAAAGUAGCAUUUCCGGAAAAACGGGUUAAUUCGUGUCCACUUUCCAACAUUCGUUGCCCCUUAUUGUGUAGAACAAUGUGUGUUUAUAGUAAAUACUCAGUUGGACAAUAACAUAGCACAACAGCAGUAAGGUAGGUCCAGUUGUCGUCACGGGACCAGUAACAGAACACAUUUUUUUCCAAAAUAGAAAACAGAGACAAUGGUUUGUUUGCCGUAGCUGUGGUGACCGCCAUCUUACUAAGUCUUAUUCUUGGAUUUGCGCUUGGAGUAAAGUUUCAUGGUCAGGUUAUGAGUCACUGUAAAGGGUCCUCUGAAGAUCCAGAGUCAUGUGACGGACCAAGCAACAAAAAAGUUGAGGGGGUUAAGUAUAUCAGAUCACCACCCAGAGAUGAAAAAAGUAAAAGUGAACCAAAUACCACGAAAAGUCUGCUUAACAAGGAACGAGAUGAAACGGGUGAGGCCGAAGGUAGCGAUAGUGAUAGUUCCACCGCUGGUAAGAUUGGAAAUGAAGAUGACGGAAAUAGUACAUUUUCAAGAUCUCCUGCUAGAUCAAUAUCACCAACUGUGUCCACUACUAGAAAUGACAAGAAACCGCCAUUAAGAAACGGAAAGAUGUCUGUAUGCUAG